AUGGCCUCGAACGGGAGCAGCAGCACGGUGGUGGGCGAGAUGCAGAGCAGCUUGGACCGGGUGCGGCGCCAGCUCUCCUCCACCUCCACCCGCCACCUCCUCCAGGGCCCUCUCUUGAAGCGAUCCGACACGCUAAGAAAGUGGAAUGAGCGCUGGGUCAUACUUGAUCCUACAACUGGAAAAAUAGAAUACAAAUACUGUAACUGCAGAGUUGUUUUCCUUUUUGCCAAAGAGGCGAUAUUGGAACUCCACAGAAAAAGGAAUACUUUCUUUGAGCAGAAACUCCCAGCGCUGCAAGAGCAUGGGUAUCCACUUUACAAGAAGGCCUUGCUCAACUACCGCACACAUAAUGGCAAAUCACGCAAUUUUUUACGGGCUCAUAAGGAGGCCGUGAAUUCAUUGGGUGAGAAUGGUCCUGCAAAAUUGGGAACAGUUGCAACUGUUGUGGCUGUAGCCAAUGCCACUGCAAUUGAAGCAACAAAGGAGGUAGAGGCUGCAAUGAAGAUUUCCCUGCGGGCAACUUUGGGCUCAACUACAAAUAAACUUACCAAAGGCCAAUUAGAUGAUCUCACAAUAAUGAUGGAGACCCUUCGAGUUAAAGACGACGAACUCCACCAAUUGUUGCAGGAUAUUCGUGCACGUGAUUCUACCAUCAAUGAAAUUGAAGAAAAGUUACAGGAGACUGCAGAAGCAGCUGAAACUGCUGCUUCUGCAGCACGUUCAAUUGAUGAAGAGAGAAGAUUUUUUACGUCAGAACUUGAACGUUUUGCUUAG